UCUGAUAGGCAGAGGCUGAAAACAGAUGGGAAAAGGUGACUGAUACCAUUGUCUCUAUCUGCCUGCCUGCUUGUCUGUCUUGCCGGCCGGAUAUAAUCGUCAGGGCGAGAUGCAGGAGACUGCAGGUGUCCUGACGGUGCGGGCCCUGAAACACGCAGCCCUCUGUCUGGUUUUUCUGCCCCGGUUCCUCCUGGCAGCGCUGAUGCUGUGGCUCCUGGACUUCCUGUGCAUCAGGAGGAAGGUGCUGCUGAAGAUGAGGGAGCAGGGCAGCAGCCGCGAUGACCCGCCCGUUUGCGUCUCCGACUCCAACAAGAUGUUCACCAUGGAGUCGCUCAGAGCCGUGUGGUAUGGACAAAAAUUAGACUUUUUCAAAUCAGCGCACCUUGGAUGUAUCGCGCCCAACACAGAGGUGGUGCAGCUGAAGGACCGGCGCAGGGUCAGAGUCCUGGACUAUGUGAAAGGGAGGAGACCUCUCAUCCUCAACUUCGGUAGUUGCUCCUGACCACCGUUUAUGACGCGCUUGGCCGCGUUUCAGCGCGUCGCGAGCCAGUACGCGGACAUCGCUGACUCUCUGCUUGUAUACAUCGAGGAGGCGCAUCCCUCUGACGGCUGGGUGAGCUCCGAUGCGCCGUACCAGAUACCCAAGCACUGUUGUCUAGAGGACAGACUGAAAGCCGCUCAGCUGAUGCACUCUGAGGUGCCCGGCAGCAACGUGGUGGUGGAUAAUAUGGACAACUCGUCUAACGCGGCGUAUGGAGCCUAUUUUGAGAGACUUUAUAUCCUGAGGGAUGAGCGGGUCGUGUAUCAGGGGGCCAGAGGACCAGAGGGCUACCGGAUAUCAGAGUUGAGGAACUGGCUCGCGCAAUACCGGAACGAUUUGGAGAAUUCCAGAACAGUGGUGGUCCACGUUUAACUUAAAGAUAACCAUUACCUGCGGCGCGUAAAGUGUCCACACAUCAAAUAAGUAUUCAGAUGCUGCUACAAACUCUUGACACACUGCACAUAUGCCUCUACAUGUUGUUUUGGUUCAGAAGCGUUAUAACAAGACGCAGACAGACAUUUGACAUGUUUAUUAUGAUGUAAAACGCAUGAUAGGCUUUGCAGUUCUGCUGUCUUGUUCCUCAGUUUUGUUUGGUUCUUUGUUUUUGUAAGGAUAUGUCCUGUUGAUUUGAACCUCUGCAACAUUUUGACUCAUUUCAGUUUGAGCAUCAUUUGAUUAUGAUCACUUUAUUUUUCUAUGGCUCUACCUUGAAGGUGUGUGUGUGUGUGUGUGUGUGUGUGUGUGUGUGUGUGUGUGUGUGUGUGUGUGUGUGUGUGUGUGUGUGUGUGUGUGUGUGUGUGUGUGUGUGUGUGUGUGUGUGUGUGUGUGUGUGUGAAAGGCUAAUACCUUUUACUCUAGUGUUGUUGUGAAGUUCAGUUUUGAAAGGGUUUUAAACCAGGAAACUGAUACUGAUGUUAUUUGAUACUAGAGUACUUGGCGACU